AAUACUUAUCAUUUGCGCUUAAUAAAUAGUAAUUUUUAUUGGUGUUAUACACACUAACUAUAUACUGCUAUAUAUAUCUCAAUUUUACCUCAAUUUAUAUCACAGCACAAUGGACAACAAGGAGAAUACAGCAGCAUCCUUCAGUACUUGGGACUAUGUGGUUUUUGCCCUCAUGCUGGUCAUCUCAGCAGCUAUCGGCGUUUAUUAUGCUUUCGCCCAGCGCCGACAGCAGACCACCAGGGAUUUUCUGGUGGCUGGCCAGAGUAUGACGGCUGUACCCAUCGCUCUGUCACUGACCGCCAGCUUCAUGUCAGCUAUCACAGUGCUGGCGACUCCAGUGGAGGUGUACUGUAAUGGGGCUAUGUUCAUUUUAAGCUGCUUAGGCUUCAUCCUGAUGGUGGCCAUCAGCUCAGAGGUCUUCCUCCCUAUCUUCUAUAGACUGGGAAUAACUAGCACCUAUGAGUACCUGGAGUUGCGGUUCAACAAAGUGGUUCGGCUGUGUGGGACAAUGCUGUUCAUCAUACAGACAUUAGUGUACACUGGAGUGGUUAUCUAUGCACCAGCUUUAGCUUUAAACCAAGUUACAGGUAUAAGUCUGUGGGGAGCUUUAAUAUCAACUGGAGUGGUUUGUACCUUCUACUGCACCUUGGGGGGAUUAAAGGCUGUGGUGUGGACCGACGUGUUCCAGGUGAUCAUGAUGCUGGCUGGGUUCCUGGCUGUCAUUGUCCAAUCAGUGCUUAUACAGGGCGGGGUCUCUGUCAUCUUCAACGACUCUGCUGAUGGUGGACGACUCAAUAUGUGGGACUUUGAUCCCAGCCCUCUGAGGAGGCACACAUUCUGGACCAUCCUCAUCGGCACUACGUUUAUCUGGACCAGUAUGUAUGGUAUUAAUCAGGCUCAGGUGCAGAGAUAUGUGUCCUGCAAGACACUUCUCCAUGCUAAAAUGUCUCUGUAUAUAAACUUGCUGUCACUCUGGGCCAUUCUUCUGUCUUCAGGAUUUUGUGGUUUGUGUUUGUAUUCAUUUUACAAGAACUGUGAUCCAUGGACAGCAAAAAUGGUGUCUGCUCAGGACCAGCUCAUGCCGUACCUGGUCCUGGAUAUUUUGGGGGACUAUCCUGGCAUUCCUGGCCUGUUUGUGGCAGCAGCGUACAGUGGCACACUAAGCACAGUCUCCUCCAGUGUGAACGCUCUAGCUGCAGUGACAGUUGCCGAUCUCAUUGGACCGUACUUCAGCUUGUCAGAACAGCAACUUUCUUGGGCAUCAAAAGGACUGAGCGUGUUCUAUGGAAUAGCUUGUAUUGGGCUGGCUGGUCUUGCAUCUUUGAUGGGAGGACUGUUACAGACAACUAUCAGUGUUCUUGGUGCUCUUGGUGGACCUCUGCUGGGACUUUUCUCUUUAGGCAUCCUGUUUCCUUCUGCUAAUUCCAAUGGAGGCUUGGCUGGACUGGUCAGCGGAUUAAUCAUGUCACUCUGGGUUUGUAUUGGAGCUCAGAUAUACAAGCCAUUAGCAGAGAACGUCAGGCCACUUCCUCUACAGACACACGGCUGCAACAUGACCACAGCUGAAAAUGACAUCCUGAACUGGACUAGCUACCCAACACAGGGAAGCUAUGCCACUUCAGCUGAGCAGCACAAAGCUGUGGACAGGCCUCUGCUGGCUGAUUACUGGUACUCACUCUCUUACAUGUAUUUCUGCCCAGUAGGGACUCUAGUUUGCAUAGUUAUUGGGCAAACAGUGAGUUUGUUCUCAGGGGGUAGAAGAUUAAAACUAGAACCUGGCCUGACAUUAAUUAAGGAAGAUUUAACCUGCUAUAAGAUCUACAAGAUACUAAAGCAGAAGGCCACAAGAAAUUCAAACAGACUUGACAUGAUUACAGAGAAAGAGAAAUCUGGCAGAACCAACCUGGCAUUUUGUGAUGUGGAGCUGGAUAUCACAAAAAUUCAGGCACACAGAACUGCAUAGGGUAUUUUUCAUCGUCUUUGAACUGUCAGCUUUCAUAUCCUCUCAUACGCUUUCUAUUUCCAAGCUUGUGUAUCUGUCACGAGUCUGCCACAAUCCCUGAUACACAUUUUUUCCACUGAAUGUGAAGCUCUGUAUGGAUGAGAGCUUACCUGAAGUUCUACAGUCAACAGUGAUACUCAACACAUAUCUUUUAACGAAAAAAGAAAAAGAAAAGAAAAUGCUGUUCUCCAUAAAUUUCCUUUCAGAUGAGCAGGAUGAAG